CUUCAACACAACCUACCAGUUCCACUAUCAUUACUUGCGGACGACUUCAGCACGAUUCACGAAUGGCCCCUUUCGCCACACCAUCACCGCGCCCCUCGAAAUGAGUCAGUACCAGUACUCUCCUCUGCGCAAAGAUCGCGACGAGCUUCGACUCGUCAGGCUUCUGCCUGGCCCGAUAUCAGCUGAGAUAGAAAUCGAGAUCUUCCACGCACCGAGAUCGUCCAAAUAUGAGGCGUUGUCCUAUGUCUGGGGGUCUCCAGAGAGGACAGAUGUCGCCCUGGUACGCAAGCCAGUCAAGGCACUGUCAAAGCCUGUGGACCACGCGAAUCGCUCCAAAAGGGAUGAGCAUUCGGAGCCUUCAGCGACGAUCGGGAUUACCGACAACCUUGCGGUUGCUUUACACCAUCUGAGGGACCCAAUCCAGUCAAGAAUCUUGUGGAUGGAUGCUAUCUGUAUCAAUCAAGAUGAUCUCGCUGAGCGCAGUGCAGAAGUCCUCGAAAUGGGUUCGAUCUAUAGUCGUGCUGAACAAGUCGUUGUUUGGGUUGGACCUAGCUCCAAAGAUAGCCGACUUGCAUUGGAAACUCUGAAGAGACUAGGAGAUGGAAUACGUUACCACGUGGAAGGCCAUACAAUUUCCAACGAAACGGGUAGCUGGGCGGUGCGCCUCGAAGGUGACUCCGAAGCUCUGAAGUUCAAUCAGCCCAGCUGGUUUGCCAUCAGAGACCUUCUGCGCAGGCAAUGGUUCUCUAGACUCUGGGUCUUUCAGGAGAUUGGACUGGCGACGAAAGCAACUCUGUUUGCCGGCCAAGAUGGCAUUGAUUGGAUCUUAUUCAUUACCGCUCUCCAAUGGCUUUGGGGGAGAUUAGAGCACCUGAACCAAGUCUUUCAUGACUUAAAUUUUGAAGCUUUCAACAAGUCUGGCAUUAGUGGGUUGCUAAAUGUCUCAUUCAAAAGUUACCCCCGCGAGCUUGAUACCUUCGGUCUCCUGGAAUUAACGUCAAGAUUGAAUUCUUCCGAUCCACGAGACCGCUUAUAUGCACUUCGUUCUUUGGCUGUGCCUACCGAGCGCAAAUUUAUCACACCGGACUAUUCUAAGAGCGUGGAGGAAGCCUUCAAAAACUUUACUGUACGAUUUUGCCAAGAAACUGGAGACGGAUUCUUGUUGACCCGAUGUUCGCUUCGAGAUGUUUCGUCGAAACUCCAAAUGCCGUCAUGGGUGCCCGAUUUUUCUGCGACCAACCUCCCGGGUGUAUUUUAUACUUUUAGUGCAUCUGGUUACUCUAGGUUCAGCGCGGUGCUCAACAACGAUAGUCUUACAGUCCAAGGGGUGAAGUUGGCGACAAUUACCAGCUUACUUGACCCUUUCAAACCUAGCCAUACAAACUUCGAGAUUAUCCAAGUCCUUCGAUCUUGGCAGAUUUCGUGUCGAUCGAGUAUGUAUCCUAGUGGUGGCUCAACUUCUGAUGCGUUCAUCCACGCAAUUGUUGGUGGGAAACUGACGGAAUUCAUACCCACCGAGACGCAAAGUGCCCUAAGUUUGGAACAAUGUAGGCGGAUUCUCGAUCCUGGUGAAGCAGGCGUCGAGAUCGAAGAUAUAAAUUACAUCAAGGCACACUUUGUGAUGUAUGUCAGAGCUACUCUUCAUGGGCGAGUCUUUUUUAAAACGCGGGAAGGCUUCUUUGGAAUCUGCCCUGAGUCUGCAAAAGAUGGAGAUCUCAUGGUCGUAUUUCCUGGUGUAUAUGCACCACUCGCGUUGCGCCCAGUUACGCAUCAGGGGCAGCUUUCCUAUCGCAUUGUCGGGGCUUCAUACGUCCACGGAGCCAUGCACGCCGAAGUCCUGCUUGGUUCCAUUCCUGUCGGCUGGAACUACAGUUACAAAAUGGUUAAUGGUGAGUUUUCUAGGCUUGUUUUUGCUCGUGGGAAUAUCCUCACGCAAAAAGAUCCCCGGCUACCACUACCCCCUGAAUGGAGAUACAGGUAUUUAUCUGGGAAGAGAUUUCAGGACUCAGAGCUGGAUAGUUCGAUGAACUUUCUUCCUCAGGGCUUCGAGAACGUGAAGACUGAGGAAUCAAGCUGGUUCGAUCCGAGGCUGACUCCCGACGCGUUGAGAGAAAGAGGGAUUGAUUUACAAGAGUUUGUCUUAGUGUAAACAAAUGCAAAGAUCUAUUCGAAGACAAGAUUGCCUGCAUAAAGGUACUGACUUACACGGGCACGGGUUCC